GUGGAUCCAAACAACGCCUUCCACGUCCACCCAUCACUACCAGGUCACCAUAUUCGCCGUGAUAUCAUGGCGUCCUUCGCCAUUACAUUCAACAAAAAGGAGGAUGAGAGCGGGCUGAGUUCGUACUACAACAACAAAACUACAAUCAUCCAGGAAGCUCGCGUUUUCAACGAAUCACCCAUCAGUCCACGGAAAUGCAGGGCCCUACUCACACGAAUAGUUUACUUACUUUACGUCGGAGAGACAUUUGGAACACAGGAAGCGACGACUUUAUUCUUCGGAACGACUAAAUUAUUCCAGCAUAAGAAUGCCGCGUUGCGACAAACAGUUUACCUUGCGAUAAAAGAGCUGGCAACGACUGCUGAGGAUGUUAUUAUGGUCACAGCUAGUAUCAUGAAGGACAUACAACCAAACUCUGAAGUUGUUUAUCGAGCGAAUGCCAUUCGAGCUCUCUGCCGUAUUAUCGACCCGUCAAUGACUCAAAAUGUAGAACGAUUCUUCAAGUCCGCCAUCGUUGAUCGAAAUCCAUCCAUAUCCUCAUCUGCUCUCCUGUCUUCAUAUCACCUUUUCCCUUUUGCCAAAGACGUCGUCAAACGUUGGGUCAACGAAGCACAGACAGCUGUGGACUCCAAGACAUCGUCAAGUUUUUUUGGCUCGUCGUCAGGAGGUAGCGGCGGAUUCUUUGGGGGCGGGGGCAACUCGUCUUCCACGAGUGGACCUCAAACCAUUCCUUCCUCCAGCCACAUUCCUCAAUACCAUGCGCUGGGUCUGCUCUAUCUUAUUCGUCAACAAGAUAGGAUGGCUGUUACUAAGAUGAUUCAGCAAUUGGGUGGAGGGAAAUCGGGCUCGGGCACUUCUCUCAAGAGUCCGAUGGCGCUGUGUAUGUUAAUUCGGUAUGCUGCGAAGGUCAUGGAAGAGGAUCCCAAUACUCAGAGACAAAUGCUCGAUUUGUUGGAAGGAUGGCUGCGACACAAGAGCGAUAUGGUCAAUUUUGAGGCAGCUCGCGCGAUCUGCGAGAUGAGACAUGUUACUGCUGCUCAACUCACAAAAUCGAUAGCUGUCCUGCAGUUAUUCUUAUCCUCACCAAAACCUGUCCUCAAAUUCGCUGCUACACGAACCCUCGCCGCCCUUGCACUUCAGCAUCCCACCAGCGUAGCGAUAUGCAACGUCGACUUGGAAAGCCUCAUCGCUGACCCUAACAGGAGCGUUGCUACCUAUGCGAUCACAACACUUCUUAAGACUGGUAACGAAGCCUCUGUCGACCGUCUCAUUAAGCAGAUCACAGGCUUUAUGGCCGAAAUUAGCGACGAGUUCAAAGUCAUCAUUGUCGAAGCUGUUCGAUCGCUCUGUCUCAAGUUCCCUUCGAAGCAUACCUCCAUGCUUACUUUCCUGUCUGGCGUCCUGCGCGACGAAGGUGGCUACGACUUCAAACGUGCUGUUGUCGAGGCUAUGUUCGACAUGAUCAAGUUCAUUAGAGAUUGUAAAGAGCAAGCUCUCUCCCACCUGUGCGAGUUCAUUGAAGACUGCGAAUUUACUAAACUCUCUGUCCGGAUAUUACAUUUGUUGGGUUUAGAAGGACCCAAGUCGCCUCAACCUACUAAAUAUAUCCGAUUUAUAUACAAUCGGGUAGUGCUGGAAAAUGCUACUGUCCGAGCCGCAGCGGUCGCAAGUUUGGGCAAAUUUGGUGUCAAUACGACGGACCUCACCUUCCAAAAGAGUAUAGCUGUGUUACUGAACAGAUGCUUGGACGAUGUCGAUGAUGAAGUUCGCGACCGUGCUGCUCUUUACCUUCGAGUCUUCAAGGAGAAAACCCUAGGUGACGUCUACUUUAAAGAAGAAUCUGUCUUCUCUUUGUCUGCCUUGGAAUCCAAGUUGGUCUCCUAUAUCAAGGAUCCAGCAGCAGCAGGACAACCUCUAGAUCUAUCGAGUGUGCCUAAGAUCAGCCGCGCUCAAGCUGCGCAAGAGGCAGCUCGUCCCAGCACUCUGGAGACUAUUGGUGUACCUGCUUCCACGAAGAAAACCUCCGAUACACCGCCGCCGCCUACAGCAGCUGAGAGGCAAUCACAAUACGCUCAACAGCUUGCUGAAGUUCCAGAAUUCGCAUCAUACGGAUCUGUACUCAACAGCAGUGCUCCGCCUGUACAGCUGACUGAGAGCGAAACAGAGUAUCAAGUUACAUGUGUCAAACAUAUCUUCAAGAAACAUGUCGUUUUCCAGUACAAUGUGUCAAAUACUUUACCGGAUACGGUUUUAGAGCGUGUGGAAGUUAUAAUGCAGCCACAAUCCGAGGACACUGGUUUGACGGAAGAAUUCAUUAUUCCCUCACCUUCGGUGUCGGCGUCGACGUCGCCGGGUAUUGUGUAUGUCUCCUUCUCGCGAGACGAUCCAGGACAAUAUGCAUUAGGAUCGUUCUCAUGUUCGCUCAAGUUUAUCAGUAAGGAGGUCGAUCCUUCUACUGGCGAGCCAGAGGAGGAAGGAUAUCCAGAUGACUACAAUUUGGAAGAAAUCGAGCUCAGUGCUGGUGGCGACUAUAUCAUUCCAUCAUACGCAACCUUUGGGUCUGAGUGGGACAGAUUACACUCGGCGCACACCGUUACUGAAACUUUCUCACUAUCCGCAAUGGAGAAUCUUAAAGCUGCCUGCGAUUCUCUCAUCGAAGUACUCAAAAUGGAGCCCCUGGGAGGUUCUGAGGUGCCUCAAUCGACGUCAGUCCAUACACUCCAGAUGUCUGGGCUGGUCAUCGGUGGAGGUGGAAAGGUUCUUGUACGGUGUCGUAUGACGUUUGCUAGAGGACAGGGAGUCACACUAGAGCUCGCUGCGCGGGCAGAAAGCCAACAGGUUUGCGAUUUGGUUUUGGCAGCCGUUAGUGGUUGAUUUCCCUAAAUACAAUCGAUACUUGCUUUUUUUCCUUGUAUCGCAAUGGGAUAUUUCUAAUUCAGCGUAGAAGUCAGUGGAAACCAAAUC